CGGCGCCCCGCGCCUUUUCCGGGAAGCGCUGGCUGGGGCAUGGCGCGGGCAGUGCUGGCGCUGGGCGAGGCGCUGCAGGCCGAGGCUACCUGCCCUGUGUGCCUGGAGCUCUUCUCCCAGCCCCUCGUCACCGAGUGCGGCCACAGUUUCUGCGGGCCCUGCCUGGCGGCCGUGCUGGGGUCGCCGCCGCGUCCCGCCGCCUGCCCGCAGUGCCGCGCCCCCGUGGCGCCGGGCUCGCUGCGGCCCAACCGCGCGCUGCGCGCAGUGGCCGAGCUGGCCGAGGCGCUGGGGGACGAGGCGCGGCGGCCCCGCUGCCCGGCGCACGGCGAGACCCUGGGGCUCUUCUGCGAGAGCUGCCGCACCCCGCUGUGCUCCCUGUGCCGGGAGGGCUCCCCGCACCGCCACCACCGCGCCCGCCCCGCCGAGGAGGCCGCCCCGCUGCUCCGGGAGACGCUCCAGACUAACCUGGUUUUUCUACAAAAAGAGAAAGAAGAAUUUAAACCCAAAGGAGAAGAGAAAAUUUGUGACCUGCUGGAGAAGGUGGCCUCGGAGCGGCAGAAGCUGAGAGGCACCUUUGAGCAGCUGCAGCAGUUCCUGCGGGAGCAGGAGGAUGUCCUGCUGGCCCAGCUCGAUGGGGUGCAUGGGGACCUCACCAAGAAGCGCCACGAAUACGUUUCCAGUGUUUUGGAGAGGAAAUCGCUGCUGGACACGCUGAUUGCAGAGAUAGAGAAGAAACGUGACCAGCCAAUGGUUGAGUUCCUUAUGGAUGUUGGCAAAACCCUGAGCAGCUGUGAGGCAGCAAAGGCCCCGAUGCCGGAGCUGGUUUCCCCAGGGCUGGAGAGGACUGUUAAGAACCUCUUUGAGAUGAGCCAGCUGGUCAUGGGUGUGGUGGCCCAAUUCAAAGUGAACCUGCUGAGCACGAUGGACAGAGAAAGGGUGGAGGUGACACUGGACCCAGAGACAGCAAGCCCGUACCUCGCUCUCUCAAAGGACUGCAGAACCGUGCGGCUGGGAGAUAGACAUCAAAACCUCCCCAACAACCCCAAGAGAUUCACAGGCAGCCCUAGCGUGCUGGGCUCCCAGGGAUUCACGUCUGGGAGGCAUUACUGGGAGCUAGAGGUAGGGGAUGGGGACAGCUGGGCUGCAGGGGUGGCUGUGGAGUCUGUGCGGAGGAAGGACUCACUCACCAUGGCCAUGGGGAAGAUCUGGGCCCUGCGGCGGGACUGGGAUCGCCAGUACACGGCACUCCACAUGCCCCCUUCCCCGCUGGCACUGAUGGAAGAAGCCCGGAGAAUCAGGGUCCACCUGGACUAUGAAGAGGGCCAAGUGAUCUUCUACAAUGCAGAGAACAUGGUGGAGAUCUUGCAGUUCAAGGCCUCCUUCACUGAGAAGGUCUUCCCGUAUUUUUGGCUCUGGUCACAAGAAACCUAUAUCCAGCUGUGUUCCUGAUAGGGUCAGAUGUCUCCCGGUCCCCUGCCUGUUCCCUUGGCGAGCUGAGCAGGCAAGAGGUGUGGGAAUGACAUAGCAUUGCAUUGCAAACUUGCUGCAGCUCUGCCUGGCCUGGAUCCCCUCUGCACGUUGCUGCAUCUCCUCCUGCCAAGUCCUUUGGAGCAUUAAAGAUGUAUUGUCCUGCC